AUGUCAGGAAAACGAAUAGUGAUGAGUUUUAGUAAAAUGGACACGUACCUUUCGUGUCCUCAUCGAUACUACCUCUCUUACAAGGAUCCCAAUGUCAUUGCCAAAACAACACCUGCCAUGAUACGAGGUACGGCCAUUCAUGAAGCUCUCUCUCACGUCUCCACUCUCUACAAUUUGGUAUACCAACAAAUUGAUGCUCCUUCUCAUCCUUUAGCUCAACGCACUCAUUACCUUAAUCCCAUUGGAAACUUCUCUAAAGACUACUUGCCCGAUAAGCCUCGAUCAAGUAAUCGUUAUGAGCAUGAAGAAAAUUCAGCCUUCAACAUGAAGGUGGCACGAACCAUUGCCCAAGAAAUUUUGAAGGAGAGAAAUGUAGAGGAUGGAAUGAUGAGUUGGAGUGGAAUGUUGGUGGAUCGUGCUGUCAAGACGUACAACAAGGUACUCGUCGGAAAUUGUAAAGCCUCGGGUGUUUGGGUUCCAAAACCAAUGACAGAAAGUGGAAAGCAAAUGUUGCAAGAUCAUGUAUUAAGGGAACUGACCACGAUAUUGGCUCCACCUCAUUCCAUGUUUCAGAAGCAGCUCUCUUCUUCUCAAGAUCAUUUGGAAUAUGUAUCGACUAUGGAAUGGGGGAAUAUCGCAACGACGACGAGUCGUAUGGAACAUGAGUAUACGAGUCGUGAAGUUCUUGAAACAAGUUUCAGAAUUGAUGAACCAAACACUCCUGAAUCCUUCGGAAUGGAAGGUUCACGGUUACCCCUUCUCAUCGAAGAACCCUUUGUCUUGAAACAUAUCGGAGGACGAGAGGAUAUUGAUAUGGUCUUUAUUUUUGAUCGUGUGGAUUUGGAACGGGAGAAAAAUGUUGGCUUUUUCUCUCCGUUCAAGUCGGCACCUACGGAUAAACAUGUCUUGGUCGAAUACAAGACGAGAAUUAAGCCACACAAUGUCGAGUUGUAUAGAACUCAACUUGCCAUGUAUCAUUAUGCUUUUAAGGAGUUAUUUGGAAUUCCUGCAGAUAAGAGUUAUUUGACGUGUAUUGAGAGUGGAACUGCCUAUGAAUUUGACGAUUCUGAAUUUGACUCGAUGGAUACUGAAUUUAUGAUUAUUGAUUGUGCUGACCAGAUUUUGGAAGACACAGAAUGGAAACCAAAUCCUUCUAAAUCGAAAUGUCAGAAUUGCACUGUGAGUCAUGCAUGUAAAUACGCGUACGAUCCGAAUACGGCAUUAGUACAAGAACAAAUACAACGUGCAAAAGAGCGUAAGGAACAGCUCAGGGCUUCACAAGAUAUUGACAUCGAGUAG